GGAGGUGCAACCCCAGGAGGUGUCAAAGUACGUGGGGCGUCUUGCCUAGGGGUAGGCUCUCACAGUACAAACUCAUUACAGUCUCGAUAUCGUAGGAAAGAGGCCUGGCACCUUGUAGAGACGCCGUCGUGGAGACCGACUUAAGUUCAGAUUCCGCUUCCAGCACUCCGUAGCGGUAUGCAAAGAAGCCUGGUUGUCCUGAUGUCUUCAGAGAGACCAUGGAUCAGUCCGGAGUUCUCCUCUGGGUAAAGGCAGAACCUUUUCUAGUGGGUGCCUUGCAGGAGCCACCUCCAUCCAAAUUCAGCCUUCACUACCUCAGGAAGGUAGCCACCUAUGUGCGAACUCGAGCCACAGAUGGUGCCUACCCACGCCUGUACUGGCCUACCUGGAGGCACAUUGCGUGUGGAAAGCUGCAGUUGGCUAAGGAUCUAGCAUGGCUUUACUUUGAAAUAUUUGAUAAUCUUUCUGUGAGGACACCUGAGGAACGCCUGGAAUGGUCUGAAAUUUUGUCCAACUGCGCGACUGAAGAUGAGGUUGAAAAGCAGAGAAGUCAGCUUUCUGUAGACACACUGCAGUUCCUGCUCUUCCUGUAUAUCCAGCAGUUAAACAAAAUCUCUCUGCGGACAUCAUUGAUUGGAGAAGAAUGGCCCAGUCCCAGAAGCAGACCUCAGUCUCCUAGCCCGCCUGAAAGGCCCAGUUGUCACACUAAGAAUUGGAAUGACUACAGUCACCAGGCUUUUGUCUGUGAUCAUCUGUCAGAACUCCUGGAGCUGCUUCUAGACCCAGAACACCUCACUGCAUCCUUUCACUCAACCCACAGUAGUUUGCUCUCACGAGAAGCUGUCAUGGCGCUCAGCUUCCUCAUUGAAGGCACAGUGAGCAGAGCCAAGAAGGUCUAUCCCCUUCAUGAACUUGCCCUGUGGCAACCACUGCAUGCAGCAAGUGGCUUCUCAAAGACCUCUAAGACUUUCUUUCUCUACAAGCUGGAAGCAUGGUUGAGAACCUGUUUGACUACAAAUCCUUUUGGUCCAUCUGCUUGCCUCAAGUCUGGAAAGAAAUUGGCUUGGGCUCACCAAGUUGAAGGUUCGACCAAAAGAGCUAAGAUUGCUUGCAAUGCUCACACGGCCCCUCAGUUGCAUCGCAUCGUGGUGAUGAGCCAGGUUUACAAGCAGACCCUGGCCAAGAGCUCAGAAACUCUAGUAGGAGCACAUGUCAGGGCUCAUCGCUGCAAUGAGUCUUUUAUAUAUUUGCUCUCCCCCUUACGAUCCAUGACAAUUGAAAAAUGCAGGAAUAGUACCUUUGUGCUGGGUCCCGUGGAGACGGCUCUUCACCUCCAUGACUGUGAGAAUCUAAAAGUCAUUGCUGUUUGCCACCGAUUGUCCAUCUCUUCUACAACAGGCUGCACCUUUCACAUUAUGACCCCCUCACGCCCACUUAUUCUCUCUGGAAACCAGACAGUAACUUUUGCCCCCUUUCAUACCCAUUACCCAAUGCUGGAGGACCACAUGGCCCGGACUGGCCUUGCUACAGUACCUAACUAUUGGGAUAACCCAAUGGUGGUGUGCAGAGAAGGCACUGACACAAGAGUCUUCCGGCUCUUGCCACCCUCUGAAUUCUACAUAUUUAUUAUUCCCUUUGAGAUGGAAGGGGACACAGCAGAAAUACCUGGGGGUCUCCCCUCUGCCUACCAGAAAGCACUGGCUCAAAGAGAACAGAAGAUACAUAUCUGGCAGAAAACUGUGAAGGAAGCUCGUUUGACAAAGGAGCAGAGGAAGCAGUUCCAGGUCCUUGUGGAGAACAAGUUCUAUGAAUGGUUGGUUAGAACAGGACAUCGGCAGCAGCUGGAUAGCCUGGUCCCACCUCCAGCAGCCUCCAAGCAAACGGCUGGGUAGGACCCCGCAUGGAGCCACGGGGCUCAGGAACUGUGAGGAGCGAAGGAUGGCGCCCACUGCAGCCUGUUGGAAGAGCAUCCUCGCUGCCCGCGAGACCUCAAGGCUUCUCUCUGUUCAAGACCUUUUGCUCGUUUCUGUUUUGUACUCACUUAGGUUGCAUUUCAGCCAAAUGUCUGACUUUCUUUAAAGCCUCAUACUGUAGAAGGUCAGAAGGUCACACGUGUGGUCACACAAAAUGGAACACCGGGCAAGGCAGCUUUGUGUAUACGUUAGUGUCUUAGUGACCAAGUACAGGCUUCUUACAAGCUGACUUCAUAUUUUAAUUUGUAUGAUGAAAGGGUUUUGUCCUAGCUAAAAAAAGUUAGCCAGGUGUGGUGGCACCUAUAAUCCUAUAAUCCCAGGGCUCAGCGGGCAGAGACAGGUAGAUCUCUGCGAGUUCCAGGCCAGCCUGGUCUACAUGGUGAGGACCCUGUGUCACACACACACACACACACACACACCACACACACACA